AUGUCUCUCGUGUCCAAAAAGGAGGAGGAGGGCGGUCUCAACUCUUACUACAACAACAAAACUACCAUCCUCCAGGAGGCUCGCGUCUUCAAUGAAUCACCCAUCAGCCCACGGAAGUGCCGUGCAUUGCUCACGCGCAUUGUCUACCUACUGUACUUUGGAGAGUCAUUUGGGACUCAAGAGGCCACUACCUUAUUCUUCGGGACAACAAAGUUGUUCCAACAUAAAGAUAGCGCGCUCCGCCAGAUGGUUUACCUGGCUAUCAAAGAAUUGGCAAACACAGCUGAAGAUGUCAUUAUGGUUACGAGCAGUAUAAUGAAAGACAUGCAGCCCAAUUCGGAGGUCAUAUAUAGACCGAAUGCCAUCCGGGCCUUGUGCCGUAUCAUCGACCCUUCUAUGGUGCAAGGUGUCGAGCGCUUUUUUAAAGCUGCCAUUGUCGAUCGCACGCCGUCAAUCUCGUCCGCAGCUCUUGUAUCUUCGUACCAUCUUUUCCCCGCCGCUAAGGAUGUUGUCAAGCGGUGGGUCAACGAAGCGCAGGAAGCUGUCAACGCGAAGUCAUCUUCCAGCUUCUUUGGCGCUACAUCUUCGAGCUCGUAUCUUGGAUUUGGUUCAUCCUCCUCCAGCAAUAGCGGUUAUUCGCCCAUGCCUUCCGCCAGUUUCAUCACCCAGUACCACGCUCUUGGUCUAUUAUAUCUCAUUCGACAACAGGAUCGCAUGGCGGUCACAAAAAUGAUCCAGCAGCUUGGUGGGGGCAAAUCUGGAGCAGGGACUGUGCUCAAGAACCCCAUGGCCCUGUGCAUGCUCAUCCGUUACGCGUCGAAGGUUAUGGAGGAGGAUCCCAACGUGCAAAAGCAAAUUCUUGAUAUCCUUGAAGGUUGGCUCCGUCAUAAGAGUGAUAUGGUGAACUUCGAAGCUGCUCGUGCUAUCUGUGACAUGAAGGGCGUCACUCCCGCCCAAUUGACGAGGUCUAUCGCGGUUCUCCAGCUGUUCCUCUCUUCACCCAAACCAACACUCAAAUUUGCAGCGACACGUACCCUUGCUUCACUUGCACUGACUCAUCCUACCAGUGUUGCGACUUGCAAUGUUGACUUGGAGAAUCUGAUCUCUGACUCGAACAGAAGUGUCGCUACAUACGCCAUCACGACUCUGUUAAAGACUGGAAACGAAGCUUCCGUUGACCGCCUCAUGAAGCAAAUUACAGGCUUCAUGAGCGAGAUCUCGGAUGAAUUCAAGGUCAUCAUCGUCGAUGCUAUCCGCUCUCUCUGCCUCAAAUUCCCGACCAAGCAUGUUUCCAUGCUCGGUUUCCUAUCCGGCGUUCUGCGAGACGAGGGUGGCUAUGACUUCAAGCGUGCGGUUGUCGAGGCCAUUUUUGAUAUGAUCAAGUUCAUCGGCGACUGCAAGGAACAAGCGUUAUCCCAUCUCUGCGAGUUUAUCGAAGAUUGCGAAUUUACCAAGCUGUCUGUCCGAAUUCUCCAUUUGCUCGGUAUAGAAGGUCCCAAGGCACCGCAACCUGCCAAGUACAUCCGUUUCAUUUACAAUCGUGUCGUUCUGGAGAACGCGACCGUUCGUGCAGCCGCAGUAUCAAGUCUAGCCAAAUUUGGAAUCUGUGUUGAUGAUGGAAAGCUUCACAAGAGCGUAUCUGUAUUGCUCAAUCGGUGUCUCGACGAUAUUGAUGAUGAAGUUCGAGAUCGUGCUGCUAUGUAUCUGAAGGUAUUGAAUGCACCCUUGCUGGCAGAGACCUACGUGAAAGAUGAGUCUGUCUUUUCGCUGCCAGCGCUAGAGGCGAAGUUGGUCUCGUACGUCAACGACACAGAUGCUUCAGAGACUGCCUUCGAUAUAUCCUCGAUACCCAAAGUCAGUCGUCAACAGGCUGCUCAAGAAGCAGCGCGUCCAAGCACGCUGGACACAAUCGGUGCACCUGUCGCGAGGAAUCUAUCUCCUUCACCGCAGCCACCAACUGCGGAGGAAACUCAUUCAAUAUACCUCCAGCAACUGGCCGGUGUCCCAGAAUUGUCAUCGUAUGGGCCUGUACUGAACAGCAGUGCGAAGCCAGUGCAGCUUACCGAAAGCGAAACCGAGUAUCAGGUUUCUUGUGUCAAGCAUAUUUUCAAGGAACAUAUUGUGUUCCAGUUCAACGUGUCCAACACAUUGCCGGAUACAAUACUGGAAGGGGUCACGGUCAUCAUGCAGCCCUCCACGGACUCUGGACUGACCGAGGAUUUCAUCAUUCCUCUACCAUCUCUGUCCGCAUCUACCUCGCCUGGCAUCGUCUAUGUUUCAUUCACCCGUGAUUCUCCGGAGGACUAUGCGAUGGCGUCGUUUGCAUGCAUUCUCAAGUUCUUCAGUAAAGAAGUAGACCCUGCUACUGGAGAACCAGAGGAAGAAGGGUACGAGGACGAGUACCAACUGGAAGAGGUUGAGCUAUCGGCUGGUGGCGAUUACAUUGUUCCAAGUUAUGUCAAUUUCUCCGCGGAAUGGGAUCGCUUGCGCGGAGGUGCCACCGCCACCGAAACAUUCUCGUUAUCCGCCAUGGAGAGCAUUAAAGCUGCGUGUGACUCGAUCGUCGAGAUUCUCAACAUGGAACCCCUAGGUGGGUCUCAUAAUCCCACGUCGACAUCGGUGCACACCCUUCAAGUAUCCGGCCUAUUGACGGGUGGGGGAGGCAAGAUCCUUGUACGAUGCCGCAUGACGUAUUCCCAUGGACAAGGGGUGACUCUGGAAUUGGGCGUUCGUGCUGAGAAGCAGGAGGCGUGUAGCUUGGUUCUGGCUGCUAUCGGAGGCUAGGACAGCAGCUGUAGUGUUUUGGUAGAUAUCUGGACAUAAUUUUUUGCGUCUACUGCGUC